AGUUAACGAUUUUCGGAAUACGAAAUUGCAUCUACUUAAACUUGAUAUGACGUCGGACACUUCAAAUGAUAUUUAUAAGCGAACGAAACGUAUCUAAUAAUUACAUUGCCUUCUGCUGUUAAAGUUUGUCCUUAUUAGAAAAUGCGUGUGACAUAGCGGACUUGAUUUUUUUUUAACAAAAAUUCGGGAUUCAAACUAAAGUAGCUAACGAAAAUGACACAACUACCUUCAGGUAGAUCUGAAUGCCUCCCAAGAAUCCGGCAAUUCGGUAAUGGGCAUUUUUAUAAAAAAUGUGGUACCAAACAGUCCAGCUGGGAGAACAGGUGAAUUUAAGACUGGCGACAGGAUAUUAGAUGUGAGCGGAAUAGACUUGAGAAGAGCCAGUCACGAAAAGGCUAUAGAAGCGAUAAAAAACGCUCCCAAUCCCCUAACAUUUGUUCUUCAAUCUUUGGUACCUUUGAGGGCGAAUCGGACCGAAAAUACAUUCUUAGAUAAAAAUAACAGUAGUCGUGAAGAACAACACAAUCACAUAGAAUCCGAAAAACAAGAAGCGAAGCCUAAGAAGUCGGUAAAAUAUAAAGAUCGAAUAAAUGAAGAAAAAAACGCGAUUAGCCGCGAAUCAGUUCGACGAGGAGCAGGUGGGUCAUUUAAAAACAGGGUAACAGAAUUAAAAUCUUCAAUGAAGAAAAGAGACCAUGAAGAAACGAACAACAAUGUCGCAGAAGAAACGUCCGAAGUCGCUACUACAAAUACUAAUAAACUUGAAUCACCUAGCGAUAGUGACGAUGAAGAAGACGUACGUGAAUUAGAAGGUCGUACUGUUAGUGCAAAAGGACAGGAGAUCGACAGGGCAAGCGCAGCCAACAUAAAAAGGACCAAAGAAGAAAUAGCUGCUGAUACCGAAGAAGAGGAUGACUUUGGAUACACAACAAAGAAGGUUUUAAAAAAAUAUGCCAAUUUGGGUAACAAGGUACUUAUUGUACAACUGGAACGAACCCAGCAAGGAUUAGGAAUAAGUCUGGCAGGACAUAAAAACAGAAGCUGCAUGGCAGUUUUUGUUUGUGGCCUCAAUCCAAGCGGCGCAGCUUUUCGUACCGGCGAAAUACAAGUCGGUGAUGAAAUUUUAGAGGUAAUAUCUAAUUAAUAACUAUUUUAAAAACAAUGCCACAUCUUCCUCAUCAUCACAAGGACACACGAAUCUUUGCAAUCUCAUUUGUAAUCUAAUCUAACUCUACCUAUACCCCUUUAACUCCUUCUUCUGCUUCUAAUAUAUCGCUGCUAACUAGCUCAAAAAAUUUAAUUGACAAAAAAAGGAAUAGAAUCUUUAACAGUCGAUGGUGGUUUAUGUAACAGCUACAUGUGUACGUACAGUACAGUAUUUACAUUACCACGCACAAUAUCAAUAACGAUAACCAUUUCCUUAAUUAGGUGUGUAUUAAAAUUCAAAUAUACACACAUGUGUCGAGGUGCUUAAUAAAUGGUGUCCCCGACACUGUUAAUUUAAAGUACA